GCAUAGGGGCAUAAAGCCCCAAAGGUGUAGGCACUCGGCCCUGACAGCGCGGUCGUUGCAAUCAUGGCUUCUCCGGGUACCCUGGUACCCCAGCCGGAGUUACCAAAGCAGAACUGCGGGUACCGUGAGGUCCAGUACUGGGACCAACGCUACCUGGACGCGGCUGACUCUGACCCCUACGAAUGGUUCGGCGACUUCUCCUCCUUCCGUGCCCUCCUAGAGCCGGAGCUGCGGCCCGAGGAUCGUAUCCUGGUGCUAGGCUGUGGGAACAGUGCCCUGAGCUACGAGCUGUUCCUUGGGGGCUUCCCUGAUGUGACCAGUGUGGACUACUCAUCAGUAGUGGUGGCUGCCAUGAGAACUCGCUAUGCCCACGUGCCCAAGCUGCGCUGGGAGACCAUGGAUGUGCGGGCACUGGACUUCCCCAGUGGCUCCUUCAAUGUGGUACUUGAGAAGGGCACACUGGAUGCUCUUUUGGCUGGAGAACAAGAUCCCUGGACCGUGUCUUCUGAAGGUAUCCACACUGUGAACCAGGUGCUGAGUGAGAUGGUGGAGUACAAACGGGCCACGCUGCGGGAUGAAGACGCGCCUGAGACCCCCGUAGAGGGCGGGGCCUCCCCGGACGCCGUGGAGGUGGGAUUCCAGAAGAGAAAAAGACAGUUUUUGGGCUCGCACACCCAGAUGGAGCUGGUCUUGGCAGGUGUCUCUCUACUGCUGGCUGCAUUGCUUCUAGGCUGCUUUGUGGCUCUGGGGGUUCAGUACCACAGAGACCCAUCCCACAGUACCUGCCUCACAGAGGCCUGCAUUCGAGUGGCUGGAAAAAUCCUGGAGUCCCUGGACCGUGGAGUGAGCCCCUGUGAGGAUUUUUACCAGUUCUCCUGUGGAGGCUGGAUUCGGAGGAACCCCCUGCCUGAUGGGCGUUCUCGCUGGAACACCUUCAACAGCCUCUGGGACCAGAACCAGGCUGUACUGAAGCACCUGCUUGAAAACACCACUUUCAACUCCAGCAGUGAAGCUGAGCGGAAGACACAGCGCUUCUACCUCUCCUGCCUGCAGGUGGAACGCAUUGAGGAGCUGGGAGCCCAGCCCCUACGAGACCUCAUUGACAAGAUCGGUGGUUGGAACAUUACCGGACCCUGGGACCAGGACAACUUCAUGGAGGUGCUGAAGGCAGUAGCAGGGACCUACAGGGCCACUCCCUUCUUCACUGUCUACAUCAGUGCUGACUCUAAAAGUUCCAAUAGCAAUGUUAUCCAGGUGGACCAGUCUGGGCUCUUUCUACCCUCUCGAGAUUACUACCUAAACAGGACUGCCAAUGAGAAAGUACUUAACGCCUACCUGGACUACAUGGAGGAGCUAGGGGUGCUGCUGGGUGGACAGCCAGCCUCCACACGUGAGCAGAUGCAGCAGGUGCUAGAGCUGGAGAUACAACUGGCCAACAUCACAGUGCCCCAGGACCAGCGGCGGGAUGAGGAGAAGAUCUAUCACAAAAUGAGCAUCUCAGAGCUGCAGGCCCUGGCACCCUCUAUGGACUGGCUGGAGUUCCUGUCUUUCUCGUUGUCACCAUUGGAGCUGCGUGACUCUGAGCCUGUGGUGGUGUAUGGGACAGAUUACUUGCAGCAGGUGUCCGAGCUCAUCAGCCACACGGCGCCAAGCAUCCUGAACAAUUACCUGAUCUGGAACCUGGUGCAGAAGACAACCUCAAGCCUGGACCACCGCUUUGAGUCUGCACAAGAGAAGCUGCUGGAGACACUCUAUGGCACCAAGAAGUCCUGCAUACCAAGGUGGCAGACCUGCAUCUCCAGCACAGAUGAUGCCCUUGGCUUCGCUUUGGGUGCCCUCUUUGUGAAGGCCACAUUUGACCGGCAAAGCAAGCAAAUUGCAGAGGGGAUGAUCAGCGAGAUCAGGACUGCCUUUGAGGAGGCCCUGGGACAGCUGGUUUGGAUGGAUGAGAAGACCCGCCGGGCAGCCAAGGAGAAAGCAGACUCCAUCUAUGAUAUGAUUGGUUUCCCGGACUUCAUCUUGGAGCCCAAAGAGCUGGAUGAUGUUUAUGAUGGGUAUGAAGUCUCUGAAGAUUCCUUCUUCCAGAACAUGUUGAAUUUGUACAACUUCUCUGCUAAGGUGAUGGCUGACCAGCUACGCAAGCCUCCCAGCCGGGACCAGUGGAGCAUGACCCCCCAGACAGUGAAUGCCUACUACCUUCCAACCAAGAAUGAAAUCGUCUUCCCUGCUGGCAUCCUGCAGGCCCCCUUCUACACCCGCAACCACCCCAAGGCCCUGAACUUUGGUGGCAUUGGCGUGGUGAUGGGCCACGAGUUGACACACGCCUUUGAUGACCAAGGGCGAGAAUAUGACAAGGAAGGAAACCUGCGGCCUUGGUGGCAGAAUGAGUCCCUGGCAGCCUUCCAGAAUCACACAGCCUGCAUGGAAGAGCAGUACAGCCAGUACCAGGUCAACGGGGAGAGGCUCAACGGCCGCCAGACACUGGGGGAGAACAUUGCUGACAACGGGGGGCUCAAGGCUGCCUACAAUGCUUACAAAACAUGGCUGAGAAAGCAUGGGGAGGAGCAGCAGCUGCCAGCCGUGGGGCUCACCAAUCAUCAGCUCUUCUUUGUGGGAUUUGCCCAGGUGUGGUGCUCAGUCCGCACACCCGAGAGCUCUCAUGAGGGGCUGGUCACCGACCCCCACAGCCCCGCCCGGUUCCGCGUGCUGGGCACCCUCUCCAACUCCCGGGACUUCCUGAGGCACUUCGGCUGCCCUGUUGGCUCCCCCAUGAACCCAGGGCAGCUGUGUGAGGUUUGGUAGACCUGGAUCAGGGGAAAGUGGCUGGCUGUUUCCAGCCCUUGGGGCAGCUCACCCAGCAAGGCUCUUUGCUCCAAGGUUUGGAGAGGGCACAUGCCAGCUGGGCUGGGUCCAGCCCCUCUACACCACAGGUGACAUAAGUCCCAAUCGUCCUUCCUCAACCACCACAUUGUGCCUCUGCUUUGGGGGUGCCCCUGCCUCCAGCAGAGCCCCCACCAUUCACUGUGACAUCCUGUUGUGUCACCCUGCCUGGAGGCAGCCUGGGUGGGGGCACCCACUCCUACAGGAAGGAGUCUUCCUCUUGUCCCAAGCUCACUCAGCUUGGUGGCCACGGGGCCUGCUGUGCCUGAUGCACUCUGACCAUGCGGGACCUGGGUGAUGUGCCUCCCACGCUUCUCCCUGAGGCUCACUCGGUGCCCACUUGAGAGUGGACUCAGCUCCUCUCAGCCCCUUCCUCAGGGGCUUGUCCCCCACCCUGUCUCCUUGUGCUGCUGCUUCCAAUACUCCUGUCAACCCUCAUGCCAGGCCUACUGUGCUUGCUCUUAGUGGAGGCCUGAAGGCUUUUACAAGCCUUCCUGCUGCCUCCUGGUUUCCUGGGCUCAGAGGAAAAGUGUGUAUGUUAGGGGAUACUAGUUCCUGUGUUUGAGGUACAAGUCUUAGGGGGUAACUGAUUGUCACUGGGCUAAACAGGAAGGCAGAUGGAGCAGGGAGAGGGAAGGACAGAGUUUAUUUUUACAGGGAAGAGGGUGGGGAGGGAGUGGUCUUGGCCCUAUAGGAUCCUGUGCCAAUAAAUAGACACGCAUUAGCCAGCCUGA